UGGCAGUGGCAUUACAUAAUUCACACGUGAUACAUCACCUCACCAUUUUUUUCGCAACACAGACGCGAAAACGUUAUUAACAUCUUACGAAAGAAACGCAAUUGCUAGCGAGUCUGGGAGCUAUGGCGGAGGAGGAGGACGACGACGAGAGCUUCGGCGACUUCACCUUCGCGUCGUUUCCGAGUCAACCCUUCCCUUCCACGACGAACGACAAUAAUAACUUCCUCGUCGACAACGAUUGGGGCGACUUCGUUAACCAUUCCAGCCGGAUCAACAACGACCUAUCGAAACCCUUACCCGAUCCCACGACGAAACACGUGAAUGGCAUCAACGACGUCGCAGUUCAAGCCGAGGUGGCGAAAAAGGCCAAUAGAGCUAUUCCGCUCUCGAUCUUCGGCGAGGAGGAGGAGGAAGAGGAGGAACCAUCUCCUUCUAAUGUUUUCCCCAACGGCGGGGUUGUCAAAGGGGGAUCUGGUUCGAAUGGGUUCGUUGGAAUCAGUGAUUUGAUUUCCAGUUUGUAUAAUCAGCAGCUUCCUCAAAUGGAUUCUAUCAACGGAUCGGUUUCGGUAUCCAAUGGUGCUGCUCCCAAUCCCGCGAACACCAAGGAAAACAAAUUGAAUGAGGAGGAGGAUGAGGUGGAGGAGGAUGAGGAUGGGUGGGAAUUCAAGUCUGCGGAAUGGGAAACUGGAAUCAAGAGCCAGGAUGUUAAGGCUGAAUUGCAAAAGCAUGAUAAUGGUGCUCUUCAUGCUGUUACUGUGUCCAAUUCGUCCAAUGGGAUUUCGGACAAAGCUGGUGGGUGGCACUUGGAAUUUGAGUUAAGUCCAAUAUUUGCUUCGCAAAAUCAUAUUAACCCACAACCUGGUCUGAAUGGUGAAUCAAAAGAUGUCGCAACUGGGUUUGCCAUGCCCAGCCAAAGUUUUGGGGAAUUGAAUUUAGGGUCUGGAUCAAAUCAAAAUUUGAAAGCAUUGGAGAAGGCUGACGUUUAUCCCACUAGUAUGGAAUUACUCAAAUUUGACAGUACAAUUGGUUCAUCUCUUGCAUCAGUAUCUCAUCAAUCUGAUGAAUGGAACUUCGGAUUUAAUUUCAAUUCCAGUUCUGUGGGGGAAGACAAUCAUAGCUCAGAGCCACACUUGAAAAGAAUCGAAACCAAAAUCAAUCAGGCUGAUAACAGCAUAAACAAUGCUUCCCCAACUAAUAUAAAUGUCAAUUCAGAUGUCAAUUUGUUUGAAUCAGAGGGUGCUAUUACAAAACAAGAGAAGCCCCUAACAGGCACAGAGAAUCGUAGGGAAGCCUUGCCUCUGUCAAUUUUUGGUGAUGAGACACCAGAUACUGAUGAACAAUCUGUGCCUCAAGAUCUAUCUCACUGUACACCAACAUCCCCAGUAAGGAACAAUUUCAAUAGCCUUGCAUCCAACUUAUCUAUCAAUGACAUAUGGAAUUUGUAUAAUCAAGCUGAAAAACAAACUUCUCCAAAAGCAAAUGAAAAUCAGAUUAUUGCCUUACCUGAAGUAUCAGGCUCCAGUUUGGUUACUGAUAAUGAUGGUUUAGAUGAUGAUUUCUGGGACUUUAAGGAUGCUUCAACUGAAUCAAGAUUCACCCAUGAAUCACAGCGAACUUCUUUUAGUUACACAUCACAAGUCAAUGACAAUGGGUUGCAUUCUUCCCCAACUGUUUUAAAUUCUGAUUUGGCCAACGAUGAAGAUGAUUUUGAGGAUGAUUCAUGGGAAUUCAAGGAUGCCAUCUAUGGAACACAAAGUCAAGAUCACACAUCUACUCUAGAUCUCACAGAUUUACCGGUGGCCCAGUUAUCCACGAAAUUAGAGCUGAGUGACUAUGCAGAGUUUUAUAGCAAAUUGAAGGAUGAAUUGUGCAAUUAUGUUCUGUCUCAUCUUCAGAAACUCAAGAAAACUCUAAAUGAUGCUGCCCUUUCGGGUGAAGAUGCCAAAGCAAAAGCUCUUGAGGAACAAAUUCAGGAAUUCUUGGAGAUACUGCAUCAGGACAAAAUGAAUGUCCCUACUGAAUAUCUCUCUGAGGAUUAUUGCCCAACAAAUGUCUGCUUUAAUGAACUUCUUGAAGUUUUGAAGGAACCUAGGUUCCAACCUUUUGAGUCCGAAUACCAGCUAGCAUCAAGGUUGUUGAUGGCUGAGAAGGAUAUUAAAUCUGCAAUUGAACUUUUGAAAGAUACAGUAUCCACGUUAAGGAUUCUCAAGUUGGGAUCAAGAGAAGAUCAGUGUAAUUAUCUUACCAUAUGGUCCAAAAUAGCCUUUGUUUGUUCUCAAGAGCUGAAGCAUGGUGCUGAUGUUUGGAAGCAAGUUGUACUAAAGAAUGUCCAUGACCAGAUAUUAUCUGACCGAAAAGGUGUUCAGUAUAUCAUUGCACUCGGGGAAAUUUAUAGAGUUGCAGAAAUCAUUGGUGCUUCAAUCAAACUUCACAAACCUUGGAUGUUAUCAGAUUACACAGAUCAUAAAAGUUUAUGUUUCCUUUUGGACGAGUGUUAUAGCAUAUGGUUGGCUUCCGGACUUCAAGAAGCACUUUUGAGUAUAUCAAGUCAGAAUAAUUUUGAGCCAGAUGAAAUUUCAAGGGAAUUAGUUGAGUCCAUCAAGUAUAUUCACGAGCUUGAUGAACAUGCACUUCGUAGCUAUGUUAUCUCUGGAGAACAAACUACUUGUCAGUUGUCAGCCUUGCCAGGGGGUUGCAUACCAGGGUUGAAUUUGGUGACAUGGAACGGGAAGCAUUGCAUCGUGAAGCUUGCGAACUUGUGGAUCAACCUAAUAAGUUCGGAUUCACCCAAGAUGUGACACCUGCCAAUUCAACUGUCCCUCCUUCACAACGAGUGACUAUUUCACUUUUUCAGUGGUUGUUUCGCGUUUCACAAUGAGUUAGAUUGUGGCGGGACCCAUUGUUUUGUUAGUGGGGGUGAGACCUUUGGCGCACGAACAACAGCUGUAGUGAAGGGAGAGUCUGUAUGGGAUGAAAAUCAUUCUAUUGAGUCGAACCAGGCAAAGUUACCAAUUAAGUUCAUUCUUUCUUCAAUAGGUUACCAUUCUUUCAGGAAAGCUUUAUAACAAUAGCCGGAUUUGUUACAGGUGUAAGAUGUAUUACUAGUGAUAACGAAGAAUUAUAUACUACGACAUAGAGUAUAAUUUUGGAUACAAUCCAGCCAUGCAGAAGAAACUGUAUUGCUUAGUUAUCGUAUGAUUCUGGUGUUGUAAAGUAACUGGGAUUCUUCCCUUCUCAAUUUUAUACAAUGGUAUUUGGCAUGAUUUAAAUU